UACGCUGUACUGCAUCUGUUCUGGAAUGUGGAUGACUGUUUAUAGUCUGCCACUUCUCUUUUAAAAGCUGCUGUUUAUAUUUCAAAUCUCUUUUAAUCGUAAGUUAAAAUAAACAUAGUAGGUGCGAAAUCAUUCUUCUCUAAUGGAGGAAGAUGCUACACCUCUUCUAAUUCCUGUGGGAGGUGAUGAAAAUGAUCUCGGAGUCCUUAAUAUUCAGAUUAACCCAGAAGACCUGAAGGGCAAAAGGCCAUUCCACAUAGAACCGACAAAUAUCGUUAGUGUGAACGAUGAUAUACAGAGAGUAACAGACGAAGCUUCAGCAAUGAACAAGCGGAUUCACUACUACAACAGGCUCACUUCGCCUUCUGACAGAGCACUGGUAGCACCUGAUCAUGUUCUUCCUGCUCCAGAAGAAAUCUAUGUGUACAGUCCUUUGGGAACUGCUUGCAAAAUUGGCAGCUAUACUGAUGGUUCUGGCAAAAAUUCCAGUAUAAUAACAAUAUUCAUGAUCUGGAAUACAAUGAUGGGCACAUCUAUAUUGAGUAUUCCCUGGGGAAUAAAACAGGCUGGAUUUACUACUGGAAUCUGUAUUAUUCUGCUGAUGGGCGUAUUGACUCUUUAUUGUUGCUACAGAGUUGUGAAAUCCAGGUCAAUGAUACCUUCAGUAGAUACCUCAACUUGGGAAUUCCCAGAUGUUUGUAAAUAUUAUUUUGGAUCUUUUGGUCAGUGGUCUAGCCUUUUAUUUUCAUUGGUGUCACUUAUUGGAGCCAUGGUGGUUUACUGGGUGCUCAUGUCCAAUUUCCUUUUCAACACUGGAAAGUGUAUUUAUAAUUAUAUUCAUGAUAUUAAUGUAACAGACAUUGUUCCUGGUACAAAUGGAAGCAAUAGAGUAAUAUGUCCAAGUGACACUAGCCAUGAAGUACCAGGAAAUGAAACUUCGGAAUUUUCUUCUACCAGUGCUGCUGGAUUUGAGGAAUUUGAAAAGUGGUGGGUCAAAUCCAAAACUGUCCCAUUUUACUUGACCAUCAUUCUUCUGCUGUUGAAUUUUAAGUCUCCAUCUUUCUUUGCCAAAUUUAACAUGUUAGGUACUGUCUCUGUCAUUUAUUUAGUUAUUCUUGUUACUGUGAAAGCUGCACUUCUGGGAUUCCAUUUAGAAUUUGAUUCGUCUGCAACAAAUAUAUAUUUUGUACCAGAGUUCAGGAUCUUUUUUCCUCAGCUUACAGGGGUGCUGACCCUGGCUUUCUUUCUCCAUAAUUGUGUAAUUACGCUACUUAAGAAUAACAAGAACCAAGAAAACAAUGUCAGAGAUCUUUCAAUUGCCUACUUUUUAGUAGGUUUAACAUAUCUCUAUGUUGGGGUGCUAAUCUUCGCUGCUUUUCCAUCUCCACCAUUGAGCAAAGAUUGUAUAGAACAGAAUUUUUUAGAUAAUUUCCCCAGUAAUGACAUCAUGUCAUUUCUUGCAAGAAUAUUCCUGCUGUUCCAGAUGAUGACUGUGUACCCGCUGCUUGGCUACUUGGCACGAGUUCAGUUUUUAGGACAUGUCUUUGGAAAUGUUUAUCCAAGUUUUUUCCAUGUGCUGGUUUUGAACAUCGUCAUAGUAGGAACUGGAGUUGUGGUGGCCAGAUUCUAUCCAAAUAUAGGGGGAAUCAUAAGAUAUUCUGGAGCAACUUGUGGCCUGGCCUUUGUAUUUGUGUACCCAUCCAUCAUCUAUAUCAUCUCCUUGCAUCGGGAAAAUCAGCUGACAUGGUUUGCACUACUCAGCCAUCUUUUGAUAAUUCUUCUAGGAAUGGUAAAUCUGAUGGCACAGUUUUUAAUUUGAAGAUCAGUCCUAAAUUAGACUUUUUCCUUUGCAAGAGGUGCAGGAAGUACCAAAAAGUUAUCUUGAACUCUUAUUAUAAAAGUCAUGCAGCAGUAGAUCCGUAGACUGCCGUUCUUCAGUCUUAGCUUGUUCCAGAGAAAAACUGGCCUUUAAAAAAACAACAGCAACAAACAACCUUUUAAAAAAAAAUGGAGGCUGCAUUUUGGAACACGAAGCCCCAAAGCAAAUGGAAGAAGCUGAGUGAUUUUCUGAUGCAACUUCAAGUAGAAAUGGAAGUUAUUUGGGAAUUAUUAAGCGCUUUUUAUAAUGGUAAUUUCUUUUUGUCUAUGUGGAAAAAGCCAUCUAAGAAAUGUUACAUAGAACAAACUGUCAUCUCUUGGGGAAUAAACAACGGACUUUAUUGAACUAGAAAAGAAAA